GCUUUUGUCAGUGUCAGUUUCCUUUCAUGAUCUUUCAAUUUAGUGAAAAAGACGCGUGAAUAGUUUUGCUUAUUCAAGUCAAAAAUGAAUGUUCAAAUAAAGAAUCUUGAAAACGCGAUCGACAAUUCUAUUGAAAUAUACGAACAAAAUGUCGAUCUGCUGAAAACCUUCCGAACAAAAUGGAAUCAGGAUCGGGACAUCGCAUUCAUUGCUGACAAUUGUCAGACGCUUCGUGUUAAUGACAAAUUGAUCGACCUGUACCGAUCGAUUUUCGAGACCACUGCUAUGACAAUCAAAUCAGGAAACGAUUGUGCUGGUGCAUCGGUUGAAGUUGAGGGUAUGGAUCAUGUGAGUCCUGGUGAUUCCCCAGCUGUUAGUGAUGCCGAAGAGAAACAUCGACCAAACAGUGACACUCGUUCAACGCAAUUCUACAUCGAGGAACAUGUUGAUCUUACCGAACAGGCAGUCAGUUUCAAGGAUGCUGUUACGGUUGUACAUUUCCAAAAUGAAAUGGAUGAAUCUUCGUCAAUUUCGUCGACUGAAGAAUCCUGUGAAUCAAGUCCGGCAGAAAAUUCCUCCGAAUAUGAGGUCGAUAUCGUAGACGAAAAAUACAGUCCCAGCACUUGUGGAAGGUCGUUGCAUGCUAAGGAAUUCGUAGAUCUCGCUAAUCAACAUGUCAGCUUUAACGAGGCUGUUACUGUUGUACGUUUCUCGAAUGACAUGCACGAGAUGACUACAGUUGAACCUUUGCCGACACCGUCGACAGAUGAAGCUUCAUCCAAACCGUCCACAGGAGGAACGGCAGAAUCAGAUCCGAAGCAAAAACGAACGCCCAAGCUGUUCGGUUCAGCGUUGAGAAAAGCCAAAAGAAUGAAAAAAAUCGAAAAUUUGAAGAAGAAAAAGUCGAUUUCUACAUUUUCGGCUGAACCGAAUACACUGAGCUCUGUUGCUUCUGAACGAAGUCAGCUUGGUUCGCAGCGAAAUUGGAAACGGAGAACUGGUCUGUGCAUCCUCUGCGAUCAGCGCAAUUCAUUCUCACGACUGCAGUGGCAACUACAUCUUCUGACGCACACCAAAGAAAAUUUUUACUUCUGCAAACAGUGCGGACGAACCUUUUCGAAGCGCCACCAGCAUAACACAUGCCAGUCGACUCUGACCACAGACAUCUACGAGCAAUACAAUUGUGUGGGCGAGGAUUAUUUGGCGGCAUUUGUGUGCAACAUUUGCGACUAUGUUCGAGUCAGUGAACGCAGAAUGUCGAAACAUCUAAGCAUCAAGCACAAUGUCAAGGGUAAUUGCAAGCAGUUCUACGCGAAAUGUAAUUUGGUGAUUAGUGCUUAGCUCAUGCUGUUGUGUUGAGCCAAUCGAAGGCUUCAAUAAAAUUGGUUCCAUCGAUUAAACCA